GUUGUAGCUUUAAGAAAUGUAAUGACACGCCCACUUCCGGGUUGUUACUGAACUCUGCACUCUUAACAUCUUGCAAACUCUCUAAAUAACACGCUUUACAAUGAUUUGCAUUUUACUUGUUGCAGGGCAUGGUACUGUUUUAGAGACGCAGAUUAAGAAUGAUGUCACAGGCUUGUACGCACAUCUAGCUGGGGUGCCAAAAGCAUUGCUACCUGGUGUUGGGGGGAAGAAAAUCCUAGAUUUCUGGUGGGAAACAGUCAACACGCGACAACUCUUCAGUGAAGUCUAUUUAGUCACAAAUGCAGAUAAGUACAAACAUUAUGAGCGGUGGGCAACUGCCAAUGACUUCCCAGUGGAGAAUGUGGUGAAUGAUGGUAGCACCACUUUGGAGGAUCGGCUUGGGGCUGUCGCUGACUUGGAGCUGGCUAUCCGAAGCCGUCACCUUCAAGAUGACAUCAUGGUGAUUGCAGGAGACAUGCUUUGUUCUGACCAGAACUUUGACAUUGCUCAGGUUAUUCGUUUUUUUAGGUCCAAGUCUGGAGAGUUGGCUAUAUAUUAUGAGCUAGAAGAAGGGGAGAAAUGUUACACCAGAGGCAUUGUAGAAGUUUGUCCAGAUUCUCAUAGGAUCAAGCGUUUCCUUGAGAAGCCACAGGAGGGCGUCACGGCAUCUCGUCUGGCCAGUGUGGUCUUCUACUGCCUCCGCAAAGAGACGCUAUCUUACCUCUCAGACUUCCUGCUCAAGCAGCCGGAUGUGGAAUACAGGACGUUCGGCAGGUUAUGGGAAUGGCUUAUAAAUGAAGAACAAUUGCCUGUGUAUGGAAUGAAGCUACCCACAGGGUUCCAGUUAAUUGGACAAGUGGGUCUGUCUGACUACACAAAAUGGCUUGCACACUACUCAACUAAACAGCAAGAGCUUCCAGCCAAACCCAUCACAUUCCGCUCUUAUGCCAGGGUAGGCCUGAUGGGAAAUCCCUCUGAUGGCUUCAAUGGUAAAACCAUUGCUAUGACCAUCUCUAAUUUCUGGGCUGAAGUGACACUAAUAGAAAGCCAGUCUCUGGUCCUCCUUCCUCAUCCACUGAAUGAUCCCACUGAGUUCGGCAGCCUACAGGAUCUGUUUCGCAUCAGCCACAAAGAAGGGUACUUGGGAGGUCUGAGACUGUUACAGGCCACCUGUAAGAAGUUUUAUCAGUUCUGCUCAAAUCAAGGCAUUGCUCUUACCAAGCAAAAUUUCACUCUAAAGUACGACACCAACAUUCCACGGCAGGUGGGCCUAGCUGGCAGUAGUGCAAUUGUGUCUGCUACCUUGAAGUGCCUGAUAAAAUUUUACAACCUCACUGAAGAUGAUCUUCCUAAACCAGUCCGAGCCAACUUUAUACUGAAUGUGGAGACGGAUGAGCUCUUUAUCACAGCCGGGUUGCAGGACAGAGUGGUACAGGUGUAUGAGGGUUUGGUGUACAUGGACUUUAACAAGCAGCUAAUGGACAAGCAAGGUUAUGGGGAGUACAUCUCUAUGGAUAUGAGCAGUCUUCCCACGUUUUGGUUAGCUUAUUCAGGGGAUCCAAGUGACUCUGGCCGCAUUCACAGCAAUGUGAGAGAGCGCUGGCUGAAGGGUGAACCCGAAGUGGUAGAAGCCAUGAAACGCUUUGCUAAGCUCACAGACCAGGCCCGAGAAGCCUUAGAAUCUAAGGACUGGCCCAGACUGGCCCAGCUUAUGGAUGAAAACUUUGAACUGAGACGGUCUGUUUACACUGAAGCCUGUUUGGGCACAGGAAAUCUCAGAAUGGUACAAAUGGCGAGACAGUUUGGCUCUGCUGUGAAAUUACCUGGUAGCGGUGGUGCUGUAGUGGGCCUGUGUAUGGAUCCUGACCAGUUGGUGGAGAUGAAGAGAGCAUUCCAGAAGGCUGGCUAUGUUUUCUGCCUCGUUGUGCCCCAUAGUCCAUCUUAAUGUAUGGUCUAGAAGUAAUUUUCGUAUCAACAACAUAUUACAAAUUAGAUUGCAUUUCUGUGCCUACACACUCUGCUAUCCAGGCUUAAGAGGUCACAAUGUAUUAGAGGUCAUCAUUAUUGGCUACAGUGUCGACUCUGGCAUGUGGAUAGUGUAACCCUGGCCACAUAUAAGAGUCAUUGAACUCCUGUUGCUGUGAGUUUCAGGCAGCACAAACAAUUGUCUAUUUAAAGUGCUAUCAAUGCCAGCAUUGUACACCCUUCCUGUCCAUGUGUCUCAGUACAAUAAUGGCCACAGACUUAUAACCAAAAUGUUUGUUGUAAGGAGUGUAAUGUAUUCUGUAUGGAAACAUAUUUAUAUAUAUAUAUAUAUAUAUAUAUAUAUAUAUAUAUAUAUAUAUAUAUAUAUACAAACAAACCACAGUGUAAUUGCACAUUUGGUUGGGAGAAAAGGCUCUAUUUGAACAGUAAGUGAGGCUAUGCUCCAGUACAAUAAUUUGAUGGAAAUAUUAAUUAUAGCAUGGAAUGGCAGAGGAUAUAAUAAUAAUAAUAAUAAUAAUAAUAAUGUGAUGCAGUUUCACACUCUUUUAUUGAAAAGUGCUUUCAAGUCAGAAUUUGUAAAUUCAGUGAAGGCAGUUAUUUGCCGAGUAUACUUUUGACCCUGUGUUUAUCCUGCUAGUUUAAAGGCUUCACUGUACUCUGUAUUUUGCUAGAUAAUAAUCAGAAGAUAUUUUGAUAAUAUUUAGCAAACCCACAAAAUGUAGUUAACAGUCUAUAAUUUGGCUAAAAGGGCUGUACUAAGUGUCUCAUCAGUCAGUAUUACAAUGUCAUUGACAAUAAUGAAAAACGAAUGAGAAAACCUAUUUUUCAUCUUCCCAAGAUCUUCAUGAAAUUUGGAUGAUGCAACUUCCUGUUGAACAUGUGACUUGUGGAAUAUUUCAUAAGGAUGAAUGCAUGAAUACAAGAUGCUAGAAAAAUGCUUGCUAGAUGCAUGGUUACUCAUGUGAAAAGAGGUUGAGUGAGCAAGAAAUAAAUCACUUCAGUUUCUGUGGUUGGGAUAAAACAGGUAGCCAAUGCAACCAUAUUGGUCAUUUUGAUGUGCACAUGGACAUCACUUACUUCCAAUAUGGUUCCUCUUGCCUAAAAGUCACCUAAACAAGACUUUUGAAGCAUUUUAAUAAUUGUAGUUAUAGUGGACUGAGAUAGGUAACAAAUGCUGCUCUCUAGGUGAUGAUAUUUGUACAUGUACUAUCAGGGAGACACAAAUGGCACCCCGGUCAUGGAAUCAUCCAUACACACGGAAAGUUGCUGUUCUGUCGGCUCCUACACCUUUUUUUUUUUUUUUUUAAAGAA